GAGACGAGCGAGGCAGACGUAGCAGCAGAAGAAGAGAGAAAGAAGGACAGAGGAAGAAAUAAAGCAUCAUGGAGCACCUGAAGAAGGGACUCUUCAAUGUGAAGGACGGAGUGGUGGCCGCCGCUGAGAAGACGAAGGCCGGGGUUGGGGAGGCCGCUGCCAAAACCAAGGAGGGGGUCUUCUACGUCGGAAACAAGACGAUGGAGGGAGUGGUGAGCGGUGUUAACACAGUUGCACAGAAGUCGACCGAGCAGGCCAACGUUGUUGCUGACACUGCAGUUUCCGGCACCAACGAGGUGGCCCAGGCAGCCGUGGAGGGCGUGGAGAAUGCCGCGCUGGCGAGCGGAUUUGUCAGCAAGGAGGAGGCGGGACCGUUGGCUGAGGAGGCCGACCUCCCGAAAACAGAAGCCGGUGGAGAACAGACCGAACAGGCUGCACAGUAGAAUCUCGUCCUCAGUCUUCAGUGACCUGCAGUCACUUCCUGUGUCUUCCUGUCCAAUGAGCAGCGAGAGAAGAGGAACCUCUGCCUCUGUCCUGCUCAGCGCUUUGACCUCUGACCCUGCCCGAAAACAUCAUGCUCAUCUCCUGCGUGUGACCUCAUUAACCAAUAAAAAACCCUCCUCAUCAUCUUCCUUCCUGUUGCCAUGGUUACACUGCCUCAGCAUCACGAAAACACACACGCACACACACACACUGAUGCCACUUGUUAACGCUCAGAGUUGAAUCAGGUCUCUACAAGCCCCGCCCCUUGCUCCUGUCAAUCAUCACGCUGACCCUGCCCCCCCGACUGACAGAUAUCUGAAGCCUUUUAAAUGCAUGUCGCCUUACUGACACACACCUAAUACUACACACACACACACACACACACACACACUCAUAAUUAACCCUGUAAUUCUCACACACACACACUCACACACACACACACACUCACACAGUCUGUGUUUCUGAUAAUAACAGAGCUUCAGAUCUGAUUUCUUUUACAAAACAACAGAAGUAAAAUAAAAAUGAGUUUGAAAUCCA